AUGAGUGGAACCAAUAUGGGAUACUAUGAAGUGCUCGCAGGGCUUUCUGCACUAGAAAAAUCAUCGCAAGUAGUGUUCAGUGCAGCGGAGCUGCAACAACUUACGCAGCAAUCUGAUGUUACCAACAAAGGCAUCAAGGGCAAUGAGAAUAGUAAAGCCAAGGUAUCCAAGCCCAAAAGAGUAGCUGUACACGGUUACCUAGGUGGUAAGGUUUCGCUUGCUGACGCGACACAGGUAGAGUAUGAGGUUGGUCAUUCGCUGCUGGGCAGCUAUGUGCCCCGCCAGCAGUUGGAGGCUCUCUCAAGUGUCGACUUUUCGCACCAUUUCCACCGUACGUUAGAAUGUAAAGCUGCCCUAGAGACGCACGACGUUUUUCUUGCUGGCGCAGGCCAGUUGUCCCUACCCUUCCAAUCGCACAUAGAGAGCCCCAGGAGCAAUGAACUUAAAAGGAAAAGAAAAGUGAUAAUAUGUAAACGGUGUCAAUCACGAUUUAUGGGCCCCCAUAGAAGGUCUCAACUGAGAGAACAUGCUUGCGUAGACUAA